AUGGCCCCGCACACUUUCUUCGCGCUUCCGGACGCGUCCGAGGACCCCAUCGUGGCGCUCAUGAACGCGUACGCCGCAGACCAGCACCCCGCCAAAAUCGACGUCAGCAUCGGCGUCUACAAGUCCGAGGAAGGCGACCCCAACUACGUGUUCCCCAGCGUCAAGGCCGCCAAGAGCAUCUUGGCCGCGGACGACCCCGGCCACUGCUACACGCAGAUGUCGGGCAUUCCUGCAUUCGUGGCGCAGGCGCAGAAGACGAUCUUUGGCGACAGCCACGCCGACGUGGCCUCGGUGCAGAGCGUGGCCGGCUCCGGCGCCUUGCACUUGGCCUUCGCGUUGCUCGUGGAGUUGGGCUUGACGGACUUCCACGUGGGCGAGCCCUGCUGGGGGAACUACCAGGGCAUGGUCGAGCAUGCGGGCGGGCUGUACAUCGCGUACAGCUACUACGACGCCGCCACGCACACGGUGGACUUCGACGCCAUCGUGCAUGCGUUGAGCUCUGCGCGCGAGGGCGCGGUGUUCGUGUUGCAGGCCGUGUGCCACAACCCCACGGGGCUCGACCUCACGCAGGCGCAGUGGCUCCGCGUGUUCGGCCUCAUCCGGGCCCGCAAGCUCUUUGCGCUUUUCGACAUUGCGUACCAGGGCUUUGCCAGCGGCGACGUGGACCAGGACGCGUGGGCCAUCCGCGAGGCGUGGCGCCAGGGCCUCGAGUUCAUGGUGUGCCAGAGCUACUCGAAGAACAUGGGUCUCUAUUCCGAACGCGUGGGGUGCACCCACGUGCGGGCCCGCGACGAGGCGUCCGCCCAGCGGCUCCGCUCUGCGUUGACACGCUUGGUGAGGACCGAGUUCUCCUUUGCGCCGGCGUUUGGCGCGCGGGUGGCGGCCAUUCUCCAGGAAAAUCCACAGGUGCGCCCGAUCUGGCUCCAGGACGUGCGGGACGUCACGGCUCGGCUCCGGGAUGUGCGGCAGAAGAUGCUCGAGACGUUUGAGGCGAUGGGCACGCCGGGCACGUGGGACCACGUGACGCGGGCCACGGGCAUGUUCUGGUUCACGGGCUUGAGCCGCGUCCAGACGCAGAAGUUGCAGGAGGAGCACCACAUCUAUGGCACGAGCAACGGCCGGGUCAACGUGGCGGGGUUGAACAACUCCAACAUCGCGCAGUACUGUGCUGCCGUGGACGCGGUGGUGAGGAAGUACCCGGGGCACUGA